AUGGCUGUGCCCUGGGAGGAAUAUUUCCGACUGGCUUUGCAAGAGAAACUGUCUACAAAGCUGCCAGAGCAGGCUGAGGAUUACAUUCCACCAGUGCUGCGUCUCCUGGAGAAGAGGCAAGAGCUGGUAGAUGCAGACCAGGCCCUGCAGGCCCAGAAGGAGGUGUUCCGCACCAGAAUGGCAGCUCUGAAACAGCGCUGGGAACAGCUGGAACAGAAGGAGCGGGAGCUAAAGGGGUCGUUCAUCCGCUUUGACAAGUUUUUGCGGGACUCUGAGGCCCGGCGCAAUCGCGCUCUGCGGAGGGCGGCGGAGGAGCGACACCAGGCCAGCCGCCGGGAGGCGGAGGCGCUGCGUCUGCGGACCCAGCUCCAGGAGCUACGGCAGGAACGCGCGCGGCUGCAGCGCCGGCUUAAGCGCCUGGAGCCCUGCGCGCGCCUGCUGGAGCAAGCGCUGGAGCUGCUGCCCGGGUUCCAAGAGGUCCCGGAACUGGUGGCGCGCUUCGACGGCCUGGCCCAGACACAGGCGGCGCUGAGGCUCAGGGAGCGCGAGCGGCUAGCGGAGCUGGAGGCGGCGCGAGCGCGACUGCAGCAGCUGCGGGACGCCUGGCCGGACGAGGUGCUCGCACAGGGCCAGAGGCGGGCGCAGCUGCAGGAGCGCCUGGAGGCUGCCAGGGAGCGUACGCUGCAGUGGGAAUCCAAGUGGAUUCAGAUUCAGAACACAGCAGCAGAGAAGACUCUGCUCCUGGGACGCAGCAGGAUGGCCGUGCUCAACCUGUUCCAGCUAGUGUGCCAGCGUCAGGGGCAGCCGCCCACCCUGGACAUUGAGGACACGGAGGGACAACUAGAGCAGGUGAAGCUGUUCAUGCAGGACCUCUCUGCCAUGCUGGCUGGCCUGGGUCAGGCUGAGCCUGCGGCCCCUGCCUCCUAGCCCUGACCCAGGCUGACGCAGCUGCUGCCCUUCCGUGGCCAUACAGUGCUCCUUUUCACGGACGAUGGCUCCUGCAGGGAGUGCCCCCAGUCCCAGCACUGGGCCAGGCACACAGUGGUGCACAGGAACGUCUGCCGAUGCCCACCCUAAGGCCAAUCAAGGAGCCACGGGGCUGGGUCCCGGUCCUCACAUCCUCUUCCGCAUCUUGCCCUUCUUGGAGCGGGUGCCCCGGCCGAAGGCGCCCUGCUGCAGCUCCUGGACGCGGCGGCGGUUGCGGGCAGAGAGCUGCUUGAGGCCACCACGCUGCAGGAAGCGCAGCUUCUGGGCCCGGCGCCGCUGCUUCAGGAUCUGCUGCUUGGUCUUGAGUUCCGGUCGGACGCAGCCUGCAGGGGUGCCUGGGGUGCAGGGCCGGGAUGCACCUGCUGGGACAGGGAUUCAGGGAGCUCAGCUGUUGGGAUCACUCCCAAGAUCCCCUCCUCCCAGAAGCUUGCAGACUCCUUCCCUGUCCCUACUCCUGUUCUGUGCUUAUUGCUGUGGCCCGGUGUCUGUACACAGUAGGUGGCUAAUAAAGUUUUAGGCAGCCUCA